AUGGCUGAUGGGACAUUUCUGCCGCAUGGUACCCCUCUGACUCCUGCACCACCGAAGGCUCCUGAUGAUUGGAGCCCAUACCGCAAUAGAAUCAAAUUUGAGGCGGCAGAGUUUGCAUUCAAAAGAUGCCACAUGUCAGCGAGGAAUUUGGAUUUCCUGUGUGACUUGAUGGCCAUGACACUUGCGAAACACCAUGACACCCCUCCAUUUGCUGAUCACAAAGAUCUGCACAAUGUCAUAGAUGCAACGCAGCUUGGUGAUGUCCCUUGGCAGUGUUUCUCUGCACAAUACACAGGAGAACAACCUGAGGUUGUCCCACCUUGGAUGGAUGAAGAAUUUGAGGUCUGGUAUAGGGACCCUUGUGCAAUGGCACACAAUAUACUUGCUAACCCUACCUACAAGGAUGAAAUUGACUAUGUGCCAUUUCAUGAAUAUGAUGCAUCAGAUGAGACACACCAAUGGAAAGACUUCAUGUCCGGAGACUGGGCAUGGCAACAGGCAGACACCAUAUCGCAAGAUCCAGAAACACACAGAUCUGCUUUGAUCCCAAUCACUCUCGGUAGUGACAAGACUACUGUCUCUGUGGGCACUGGUAAUAAUGAGUAUUACCCCCUCUAUGCCUUGAUUGGUAAUGUAUGCAACAACGUAGGAUGCGCACACUGUGAUGCUCUUGUCAUCAUCAGUUUCCUCACCAUACCCAAAAGUAUGUAUGUUCAUAUUUAA